UGAUUGGCUUGGGAAUGUCACAAAAUAUUUCAACCUUUACAUGGUCCUGCUUCAAUAUUUUUAAUAUUAACGUAAUUUGCUUAAAGCACUGUCAAUUUCACAACUCGCUUCGAUAAAAUUACCGGAAGAGGGAAGCCAUUGUAUCGAAAUUUUAAAUUAAGUGCUUUUUGCGGAUGUCUCUACAUAUGUGCUCAAGCCUCUGUGAUUUAUUUUCAUUUAUACUUUUUGACAGUUCUGUUGUAUUCCGUGAGAAAUAAUCGUCCACUUUUAAUGACAGCGUCAAUGAGAGUAUGCUUCGUUUGAUGAACUGGAGUAUCGUUGCGUGAAUAUGCCGUUCAACUUCUUAAAUCGACAGUCGUUGAAUUUGGAACAACUUCGCCGACAACAAUGGCGAAACAGUUCCGACAGCAUCACGUUAAGUCAAAUUGCAAGACCAGUAAGUAAUGGCGAGGAGAACAUGCUGAGUGCCGUCGAGAACCAGGUGAGGGACUGGGGCGAAGAGAAGGAAGAUGGUGCCAUCUACCAUGUUAUAUUGAAGAAAGUACGUUAUCAUACUACUAACAAAGUUCCUGGAAAUGAUCAGCUUGUAUCCCACUUGGAAUGGGAAACCCAAAAGCGACGAACAAUCAAAGCUGGAACCAUGACAAAGUUGAUUGAGUAUUUGGUACCAGCUGAUGAUGAAGAUGAUGAAAUUGACACUCGCUUUCUAACAGUCUUUCUUACCAUGCAUCAGACAUUUUGUUCAAGUGACAAAGUUGUUUUUUUGUUGAUUGAAAGGUUUAGGAUGGUGAAAAAGAAGAAUUUAUCCAUUGAUUUUGACAGCUUCUCGAGGAUGAUUGUCAAUGUUUUUCUUGUGUGGAUCGAAAAUUUUCCUGGUGAUUUUAAAACAGAUGGUGACAAUUCAUUAUUGAAGCAACUGCAGACAUUUGCCAAGAGUGAGCUUAAGUUGACACACUCUAAAGAGCUAUUGCGUAAGAUUGAGCAGCUGUUGGACAAACCUCAACUAAACCAUAUGUGUUAUUCUCGUGUGGAAGACAAGGUCGAUGGCCAGAGUGAAAAAAGUGUACCAUUAUCUGAAUUGAAAACACUUUUUGAACGUGAACCAGUGAAGAUUGCGGAACAAUUAACAUUAAUUGAUGCUGAAUUAUUCAAAGCAGUCAAACCUCGGGAGUGUGUUGGUUGCGUUUGGUCGAGGCGUGAUAAGAACGAGAACAAGACGUGGUCAUCAAGUGUCAAAGCUACGGUGAAUCAGUUUAAUGCUGUUUUGAGAAGGGUGACGACAACUAUUCUCUUUGGCGAUGGUAAGGGCAGUCCUAACAUUCGCGGACGGGCGAGAAUAUUAGAAGCUUGGAUCGCGAUUGCUCAGGAAUGUAGGGAUCUAAAGAACUUUUCUUCUUUAAAAUCAAUAUUGUCCGCACUCCAAUCCACUCCCAUAUUUCGCCUGAAAAAAACAUGGGCAGAAAUUUCAAGAAAUCAUCAGACUUUAUUUGAAGAGCUAGCCGCUUUAGUCUCGGAAGAUAGCAAUCAGCACAUCGGUAGAGAGCUAUUAAAGAGGGAAGGUACGGCAAAACACCCUGAAUUGAAGAAAAAAUCGUCCUUAUUACGAAAAGGCUCAAGUCAUCGACAACCCAAUAAUGGCGUCAUUAGUGGCACUGUGCCAUAUUUAGGGACGUUUCUUACCGAUCUCAUGAUGAUUGAUACAGCUUAUCCUGAUAAGAUUGAUGGAAAUCUUAUAAACUUCGAAAAGCGUCAAAAGGAAUUCGAAAUCAUCGCUCAGAUUAGACUAUUUCAAGAAGCAGCCAAGAACUAUAGCAUAUCCAGGGAUGAACGAUUUCAUCAAUGGUUCGACUCAUUGGAAACGCUAAACGACGGCGAGUACUUCGCGCUUUCUUGUAGCUUGGAAUCGGGUUCUUUCCAUAAAAGACAAACGUCUCUCUUUCGAUCAAGGAAAAUGAAGAGCGAGACUGACCUUGCAAAAGUAGGCUCGUUUAAAGGAAAUGAAUCGCUCGAAUCCAGUCAGAGAGGUCACAAACGGCAGGAUUCCGGUACGUCAGUUCAGUCUGAAGGAUGUUUGCGGACGUGUGGUAGUGGUCACAUUGUUCGUGUAUCGAUAGAAAAUAAGAAUGAUUGUAAUAUGUACAAAAGUGUUUGGGUUACUGAGGGUGAGAAAACUAGUGCCGUGAUCAAGUCUUGUUUGAUGAAACACAAUAUGGAUGUCAAAGAAGCUGAAAAUUACAAUCUUGUUCAAGUGUUAUCAAAUGGAAAUGAAGUGGUAAUCACAAAAGAAGCAAAUGUCUACUAUGCAGUUGUGGUAAACAGUAGAGAAGUAGCAUUAAAUUUUCUUCUUCGUAAGGUUAAGAAGUAAAGCACAAUAUUUUAUUGUAUUGCAAAGUGCUAUGUUUGUACAUUUGAAACCUCAGGAUUAUUAUGAAAAUAAGAGUCAUUCUUGACAUCACCAUUGCUCUAAUAAGCUCUAAUGAAUGAGCUAUGGUGUACAUUAAAUUUUAACUUGAGAGGGGGGGUUCUGAUGGAUGGAUAAACUUGAGACAUUUUUUUGAUACCAGAUCUUAUACAGCCUUAAAUCUUUCAUAUUUUUUAUAAACAUUGUCUAAAUCAUUGUAAAUAUUUUACACCCUAAUUACCUUGAAUCAGUCUCUUGUUCACACAUUGUAUUUUUAGUUUUACGAGUAUUUAUAGAUUUGUACAAAUAAAAAGGGUUUGAUAAACAUUUGGGUUAGGUAAA